AUGACCAAAAUGUCGGAUGACGAGCAUUUACAGGGAUACACAUGGCCGACAAACAUUUCGAACAACAACUAUGAAAUGAUGGACAAGGAUCGAAAAGCCGUCGAGUUUCUCCGGAAUGGGGCAAACGAUCUUUUAACUGAAUAUUAUGACACGAAUUUCAAUCUACUUCGAUGGGCACAGGGUUAUGGAUACGAUUUGGAUGAAGGGUUGAAGAAUUUAAGGAAACAUCUCAAAUUCAGAAGAUACUACGAUCUUGAUGAGCAUCAUUUAAUCCGCGAGCACGAGAUUCUCAAGAAAUAUUUCCCCAUCGGUCUUGUCGGAGAGACUGGUCAUGGGAAUACUUUGUUGGUGAUCGAGAGUGCUGGGAAAAUUGAUCUAAUGGGAAUCCUUCGAGCUGUUCAACUCUCCGAUUUUCUUAUUCAAAGAGCUCGUUUUCAAGAGGAAAUGCUCGAGCAAAUGAAUGGGAUUGAGAGGAGAACCGGAAAACAGGCUUCAGUGAUCUACAUUCUUGACUUGGAAGGUCUCAAAUUCGAUCCAUCACUUCUUCAAGUUGUUACAGGUCCUUAUCGAAUUCUCUGGGCUUCUGUUUACACAAAUUACCCGGAGUGGAUCGAUCAUUUCAUUAUGGUCAACGUACCAUCUUUUAUCUCGAUUUUGUGGAAGGCUAUUGUCCCAUUUCUCCCCGAGCGAACGCGCAAUAAAGUGAAGAUUUGUUCGGCGGGAAGCGAUUGGAAACAACAAGUUCUACAGUUUGCCAAGCCAGAAUAUGUGCCCGUGCAUUGGGGUGGGACGAAGCUGGAUUCGAAUGGAGAUCCGAUGUGCAGAGAGAUCCUGAACAUUCCAUUUGAGCCGAUUCCAAGCACUCUUUAUUGGACUCCAAGCGAGGAAUCUCCGGCGAUUAAGGAUCUCGAUCAAGUGACGAUUCCGGCAAGCAAAAGCAAAAUCCUCACAUUUCUCGUGAAAGGCAAUGAGGAAAAGAUGUUCUUUAUAUUGAAUAGAUUCUGCGAUCGAACUUUUGGCCAAGGAAUCUGGUAUAGUGAAGAUGAAAGUGCAAUUGAAUGGCCGUUAGAAGAGAUGGAGGAAUGGUGUCCCGACUUUGAUUACCCGGGAAUGCCGACGGUGGACUGGCUUCGGAUUCGCAUUCCCGGUGCCGGUGUCUACAAGUUGAAGUUCGGCAAUGAACAGGCUUGGAUCCGUUCCCUCACCAUUCAUUACCGUAUGCGUUUCGUGAAUGAGAUCGGUGAGCUGCUUGAUUUUCAACAGAUUCCA